UCCUCGGGUUUUUUUCAAGACGAGCUAUAGACGACUCUAAGCCCAAACGCAACGCGGGCAAGGUAUUCGAUUCAUUAUUACCCUUUUCCCGCCCUAGCCCUGUUCACCUGAGGAAUAUUUGAUCGUCACGGUUGUGAGGCUGUGAACAAAGGCGCCAUAUUUGAAGAAGUGUGUAAACUAAUGACGGCGCUUGGCUAUUCAAAUGAUUUCGAUAACGAUAAUCUUCCCUGUAGCAGAGCAGCAGGUUGUUUGAAUAGAAAAUGUCCCGAAGUGUUGUUUCCCCAGCCCAGGCACCAAUCGAAGUCCAGGAUGACAGCGUCGCGACCACAUUAAAAGUGAUCAUGGAUGUUUUGAAGUCCCAUGAAGGUUCUAUAAAAGAAUUACGAAAUUUCUUGACUUCCCAUGGAAAGAAUGCAGCAGUUGUACCACCACUUUUAAAUAUAUAUGACAUGAAUGAAGAGGAGGAGCCAGUGAAAGAUUUACAUACAGAUGACAUACCAGAUAACCAAUCAGAAGCCUCAUCAAUUAUGUCAAGCCGAACUGAGUAUCAUGAGCUGCCAACAAGAUCCACUUUAAUUAACAGUACUGGAGUAUCUAGUGCUGGUAAUGGACUGCUGACACUUUCUGAUCUGAGUCAUCAAAGAACCGCAGCCACCAGUCCAAGUGGUCUCACAAGUACCCCAGCAAAGCCCUACUCCUUUCCACAACAUAGGCCUCCUGCAACAACCUCCUUCUUUGAACAGACACCAAAACUGGACCUUUCAGUUUCUACUGUGCAUGGAGAUGAACACCAAGGUAAAAUCAGUUUAACUUCCAGUCAGCCAUAUGGUCUACAUAUGCCACCUGUGAAGUUACACAAGGGCUCUGAACUGCCCAAAUACAGUCCAUCACCGAGUUCCAGUCAUUCCGUUGUUGCGUUGAGCACAAAGAUUCAGUUGCUGGAGAAUCAAGUGUCGGAAUGGGGCGAUAUCAUUGAUGAAAUGUCAGACCGCAUGGCCAACCAACCCUCCCUUAUUAGGAAGUUUGCGAAGGAAAGUACAACAGACAAAGUCAGUUACCGCCAACACACUGAUGACUUGGGGGAGCUUGAAAGAAAACUCGCCAAAAGAAUCGACGAUAAGUUUGCAAGUCUUGAUCGAAAAAUUAUCGAGCUGUAUGAUGACUUGAUGAGCCAGGUAUCCCAUACAUCAGCUUCAAAAGUUCUGGACGAGAAGAAGACAGGAAAACAAGAUUCCAUCGGGAAACUUUAUUCAAACGUGGAUUCACUCUCAGAACAGUUCGCAGAACAAAAUGAAAAAGUUAAACACAUAGCAAAAGGAAUGUCAGAACUAGAUGACAAAGUAACUCACCUUAAACAGGACAUGUCGCUCUACAGACGUCAGGUGGACAACAAACGAGGCGACGAUGAGCUGGUGUCCUUGGUCGCAGAGCAGCUUAUCAAGAAUGAGGACCUUACUGGCUGGAAAAUGGCGCUGAAGGAGAUCCACGCAGCUCUUAAUAAACAGUCUGAAAUCAACACAUCAGUGCAUCAUUCAUAUGCAACUCUAGACAAGCGGACAGAGGCUAUCAGUCAAAAAGUCCAACUUCAUGGAAGGUGGCGCUGGAGCGGCGUGUCAAAUUUGUACCCCAAGGCACAUUCGUGUGUUGCAGAUCAACAUACAGACGAUAUAAGCUUUAAUUCUCAAAUACACAACACUGAAUCACGGAGCCUGGUUUGGGAGAAAGGCAAACCCUAUGUGGUAGUAACGACAGGAGGCUGUUACUGGCUUUCAGUUGGUGCUUUCUCCAAGAAAACGACAACACCACCCUCCUUACAAGUCACUAUUGAUGAAGAACCCGUCCCUCUGUUUAACAGUUCUGGUAAAUCACCAAGUAAUCACAGAAUAAGUGUCAUUUCUUCAGCUCCAAAAUACCAACCUCCCGCGGCUAGAUUAAAAGGAGAAGGAACCGGAUCGUGGAGACCAGGUUCCAGUCUUACCGGCGCAGUAUUAAUUCCCGCACAUAGUAGAAUAAGCAUCAGCCCAACAAGCACCGCACCAGGGACACGGUUGAGUGUGGAGGGAUACCUGGAGUUGUUCAAGAUGUACUAAAGAUACAAGAUUUACUGAUCCUACAAACUAGAGGCAAUUUUUUUUUUCACUAAAAGAACUACGUGGCUAUACUUCGAUUCAUUUUGAGUCAUACAAAUUAAAUCGUCUUUAAUUACAUAGAAAUUGUAAAAAAGUCGUCAUAUAGGGUAGGUAAACAAGAGUGAAGAGUGGACAGAACUAGAACGAAGAUGGGUUGGGAUGGAUGAUGACGUAGCUUUACAGAAGCGCACGCUCUGAUUGGCUAAAAUGCUCGAUUCAUUUGCCCGUGGGUUGCAUGCUGACGUCAGUUUGUUUUGCUUUUUUCUUUUUCUACACGAAACGAAGCUGUUUGAAAAUCUAAGUGUUAUAAAAGAAAUGAUUAGUGUGCAACCAUCGAGUUAUGGAUGCACUUUGGAGGUUUGCCAAGCACUGGAGUCGCAUUCGGCUAUCGCCUCGUCAAGGGAAGGUCCUGUCCCAAACAGCUUCUAUGUUUUAUUGUAGACAACUCGCUAAAUAAUUUGCGUUUGCUGGGUUAGUACCCAGUGUUGCAAACGAUGGUGCAAACUAAUUUAAAUUCUUCUGGAAUGCUAAACACAAGAGAAAGCACAUCUCGAACCCUUCCACUCGCAAAGGGAAUCCAUCAGGAUUGCAUUCACAUCGUUAAAGACAAGCUGUUUUAGUUCGGCUAAACAUGACGAAUGGAAAUUACUCUUGGGUUGGACAAACUGCUCUGAACAAGUCAAAACAGAGAAACGGUACCUUUCAUUACGCGUGCUCUUGCAUUCAGCUAUCGCCGAGGAUCGCACCGAGGUAGCACCUGAUAUUAAUUAUUAUGCCUUAGACUCACAAUGGAAACUCUGAUUGGUCGAGAGCAUAUAGUCAUCAUACAAUAGCGUGUGGAGUUGACAUGAUAACCCAGUAUUGGGUUAUUAAGUUGAGUUCGAAGUCGACCUAGUUUCUAAGCCCCUUGUCCGUGUAUUGUUCUCAAACUUUUGCAAACUCAGAGGUCUUCUUUUGCAAUUUUUUUUUUUUUAAUGUAUGAUAAAGCAGUUAUUGAAUUCGGUUUGCGCAUGAUAUUAUGAAUUAGUAUAUACUAAAACAGUGGAUAGCGUUGAAGGCGCGCUCUGAUUGGCUAAUCAAAC